UUAAUAAAUUAGCCAGAAAAAACAAAGUAAAUAAGGCUCUUUGCUGAUUUGGUGGCCAUGGAUUUGGUGGACAUUGAUCAGGUUUUGGAUAAUUUGGAACUGCGUAUUGCCGCCGACGAGCAGCUGACCAGAAAUGCAGCAGCGGCAGCAGCAGCGGCGAUAUCCUCAAAUUCCAGUCGAUUUCUGGGCGAUGGAGCAAGUGCAUCCAACAGUGGAGUGGGAGGAUCAGUAGGAGCAGCAUCAUCUCAGGCAGCUCCGGCAACUGGGAAAACCUUUGUGGGCGUCUCCCAGGUCUUCAACAGCCUGGAUGACUACAGGGAAAAUGUGAAAUCCCUGGAGGUCGAUGGCCAACUGCCCACCUACGAUUGGCAAACGGAGGCGGAGCACGAGGAUGACAUACACAAAUUCAGCGAGGAGGCGGCCAAAAACAAUGGCCAGGCAAUAGUCUCCUCCUCCGAGUCCCUGACCACCUCGUCCUGUUCCACCUUCUCCUCGGGUCCCUCGCCCGUCAGCAAUGGCAGUCACUCCGAGGAGCUGACAACGCCCCCGGAGAGCGAGAAGCCCAGCGAGGUUCAGGUGGUGCCAAAGGAAGAGACUAGGGAUCAGGAUCAAGAUCAGGAGCAGAUUGAGGAUCAGGCGAUUGCAGCACCAGAGCCCAAACAGUCAAAGGAAACUGUAGAGGGGUUGGUUGUGGGAUUGUCGUCCAUUUCCAUCACAGCAUCCGUCACGGAAUCACAAUCCCUGCUGCCGGAGGAGGUCACCGCAUCCUCCGUUCUUGGCCAGGUCCUACAGGAGCUCUCGGAGGAAUCGUCGCCCAGUAGAGAACCCGAAACGGAGAUGACCAAUGGCAUAGAGAUCCCAGUAGCCAUUGAACAAGCGGCUAAUCCGGAAAUACCGCCCCCAAAAGAGAAGGAACAGCCGGCACAAACCGAAGAAGAGGAUGUGGAGCAGCUGCAGGAACAGCAGCCCAGACGCAGUCAGCCCCUGACCUUCUGCUCCACGAUGGACGACAUCUCGGACACGGAAUUGGACAGCAUGCUGCAGGAGAUGGACGCGGAUGACAACCAGGAGGGCGAUCAGGAAAUGCCCGAGGAGGAGAAAUCGCCCUCCGCCUCGCCAGUGACCGAGGAGGAGUCUGUGCGGAUUCUGUCCGACGAACAGGAGACAACCUCCAACGACCAGAUGAACGUGGACAACUUCUCGCAGGCCUCCACCGUGGAGUUUGCCGAUCUGAAGCAGCACGAAUCCACGCCAGUCACGGCGAUGGGCGAGGAUAUAGCCUCCAGUUUCAGCAGCACGGAAUCGGAUUCUCUCUCGGGCAGGAAGCUCGAUGGCGAGGAGGAACAGGAGGCGGAGCAGGAGGAUCAGGAGGAUGCCAGUCUGGCCACCGAUGCGCUGGAAGAGCAGCGUCCCCAGCGACCGCAAACCUUGUAUUUGAAUGGUUGUCAGGUGGGAAACGCAACAGCCUCCCAAGAUGAAACACCUGAAAUUCAGCAGGACGGUUCCCAACCCGCCGAAGUUACAGAGGGAGCAGCAGGCGUAAUAUCCGGCGAAGAUGACGAGGAAAGCCCCAUCUACGAGGCCGUCGGCUAUAGCGAUCCGCAUGCCAAUCUGGGCAAGGUGCCGCCCAUUUGGGUGCCCGAUAACAUGGCCGGGCAGUGUAUGCAAUGCCAGCAAAAGUUCACCAUGAUCAAGAGGCGACACCAUUGUCGCGCCUGCGGAAAGGUCUUGUGCUCGGUCUGCUGCUCCCAGCGUUUCCGGCUGGAGUUCGCCAACGAACCAGAGUCGCGGGUCUGCGUGCAAUGCUAUAUGAUUCUCUCCGAGCGGCAGGCCAAUGGAUCGAGUUCUGAGUCAGCUCCUGGCUCCGCUUUGCCGCCCACUCCCAUGCGUUCGCCGAAUCCCAACAAUCCGAUGGAGUACUGCUCCACAAUACCGCCACAUCGUCAGGUGGCCACCUCGCCGGGAGCUCCGCCACCCAGCGUUAUUGUGCCCGUGGGCGUGCUGAAGAAAACCGAUGGCAGCUCCUCGAACUCCUCAAGCUCAGAUGGCCAGAAGGGCGUGAGGAAGCGAAAGAGUGUUAUGUUCAGCGACGGCAUUGCGCCGGGCAGCGAACUGGCCAGCACCAUGGAGCAGCAGUGGGGCGAGGCCAAGCAGGCGAGGCGGGGACUCUCGAGGAGCGGUUCGGGUGCUGGUCAGAAGCCGCCCACGCCAGCGACAGAGGAGCCACCGCGCAGCAUCGACACUAGUUCUACGUUGGGCCUGGUGGCCCAGCUUUUCCGCGGCUCCAUUCCACCGAGUGCAGCGGCUGCUACAUUGGCAGCCACCGAAUCAAGCGCUGGUCGCUCCUCAUCCCAAUCCCAAACCUCGCCGCGACGCAAAGCGGAACCAGCGCGCAAUCGCAAGCUGCCGCCGAACGGAGAUUCGCAAGGCUGCUACCUGCCCCCCGAGGAGAACGGCCUGCCCCCCAUUUGUUUGACCAGCAAAGAGUGCGGCGAGGUGGACUACAAAGUGGUGCGCAACGACGGAUCGCUUCUCGAGCGAUUGCAAAACGAAACGCUCAAGUUUAUCAUAAAGAACAACUUCUUUGUGCUGGUCAAGAUUGUUAACAUGAGCUGCUGUAUGAAUCGUUGGGUGCUAAACUUCAGCACUUCCGGACUACAUCACAUGGGCAGCGAUGAGUUGAUUAUUUUGUUGGAGAUUAAACAGCCCAAGCAGGGCGAAUCUGUGAAUGGGGAAGUGGCUUUACCGAAGGACGUAUUUCAGCAUCUGUAUGAGAUCUACGUGGAGGCGGAGCAGGCCCGGUCCAGCACCCAUGAAUUGGCAUUCACAAGUCCGCGUAGCGCCAGCUUUCUGGGUUCCCGCGAGCACGGUGGAUUCAUUUUCAUCCGGCCAACGUACCAGUGUCUGCAAGGCGUGAUUGUGCCGGAUAAUCCCUAUCUGGUUGGCGUGCUCAUUCAUCGACACGAGGUGCCCUGGGCUAAGGUAUUACCACUGCGAUUAAUCCUCCGUUUGGGCGCCCAAUAUCGCUACUAUCCCUGUCCACUGAUCUCGGUGCGCGGCAGGGAAUCGGUGUAUGGCGAAAUAGCUCAAACUAUCAUCAAUUUCCUGGUGGACUUCCGCAACUACUCGUACUCUCUACCAGCCAUCCGAGGAUUGUAUAUCCACAUGGAGGACAGGCAGACCACGGUGAUAAUUCCAAAGUAUCGCCAGCAGGAUGUGAUCAAGGCGAUCAACAAUGCCAGUGAUCAUAUAUUGGCAUUCGCUGGCAACUUCUCAAAGGUGGCCGAUGGACACUUGGUGUGCAUGCAGAAUAUCAACGACGAUCGAUCCGAGAUGUACUCCUACUCCACGCAGGCCAUUAACAUUCAGGGUCAGCCCAGAAAAAUCACGGGAGCCAGUUUCUUCGUGCUAAAUGAAGCGCUCAAGAGCAGCAGCGGUUUGUCGGGCAAAUGCAGCAUCGUGGAGGAUGGCCUGAUGGUGCAGAUUAUGCCCGCAAAAAUGGAGGAAGUGCGUCAGGCGUUGCGCAACCAAAAGGACAUCGAUAUCGUGUGCGGGCCCAUCGAUGCCACCGACGAACAGAGCGAGAUUGUGAGCAUCAAGUGGGUGGACAAUAAUCGGGACAUCAAUGUUGGGGUUAAAUCCCCCAUCGAUGACCAACCCAUGGAUGGCAUCUCCAACAUGCGUGUCCAUGCCAGCUUCAACUAUUCCAAUGCCAACUAUGCCAUCCGUCUGAGUGAUAUCUACAUUGUCAAGUGCGAGGAUUGGUAUGCCACAAAUGGUGGAAACUAUGCGGACAUAACUCGGAUUGCCGAGCAAUUGGCUCGCAGUGCCUCGAUGGCCCUGCUGCCAUUCCUUGAUCUUCUAGCGACGGCUGGCAUUAACAAACUUGGCCUAAGGGCCACUCUCGACCAGGAGAACGUGGGCUAUGAGGCCGGAGCCCGGGGUUCCAAGCUGCCGCCGUUGUACAUGAACGCCCUGGACAACCAUCUGAUAGCCACGCUUCAUGGCGAAUCCUCCGGCAUUCAGGAUCCAAUCAUUCUCGAGCUGGUCUUCUACAUACUAAACGCCUGACUUUAGUCCCUCAUAGUGCAAUUCUCCUGCUGGAUUUGAAGACCAAACGGAAACCUUCUUAACUCUAAGCUCGACCCGAUCAAAGCUUACAAUAACUACACAAGCCCAUGGGGCUAACGAGGAUAUAUAGUCGUAUUGUUUGAUGGCUCAGUUACUGUGUACAUAUUUAAGUAGAUUAUCGAUUGGUUUUUGUCUCUACUUUUCUACGAUUCUCCUCCCUCAACCCUCCCCAUUCAUUUAAACUGUUAUAUUCUUCUUGAAUUUUAUUUGUUUUGAGUUUUCAUUGAAAGUAAAAAAAUAUCUAAGAAACCUAAAUAUAUAUAUUUGUAUGUGAUGUUCUUUAAUAUGCUUUACACAUUUACCAUUCGAGUAUAUAUGAAUAACAAACUAUAUGAAAACUGUU